AUGCACAACUUGAAAGACACGGAGCUGUCCUACUGGUCUGAGUGGUCGGAGUGGUCCAGCUGCAGCGAGCCGUGCGGGGAGGGAACCCAGACCAGAACCCGGGCGUGUCAGGACGUCGCGCCGUGUCAGGGCUGUAACACCUGCCCUGGUGUCAGCACGGAGGACCAGGCUUGUAAUGUGCAGACUUGUCCUGCUACGACCCCAGCGCCGACCACCCCCCUCCCCACCACUACUGCGCACGUGUCUCCCUGCGAGAGGAAACAGGACAUCAGGAACCUCACGUCAGACUCCUGUCGGGCUGAGAAUGUUGAGGUCCAGUACUGCUCCGGAAUGUGCGACUCCUACACCCAGCUGCUGUCUGUCGACCCUUACUUCGAGACGGUGUGCGAGUGCUGCACCUACGUCCUGGAUGAGAUGCAGCCUAUACGAUUUGUGACGCUGCAGUGUGAGAAUGGGGAGACUGAGACCACAGUUCUGCCCAACAUUGCGGACUGCCAGUGUCUCACUUGUCAAGGAGCAGAUAACGGGACACCGUAA